CGAGCCAUGAGCGGCCGCGCGGAAGCCAUCCAGGAGGAGCUGGAGGCGCUGGAGUCGAUGUACCCCGAGGGCCUCCGGGUGACCCACGGGCACGACGCGCGCGCGCAAACGACGGUGGCGCUGGACGUCGCGCCGAGGACGCUCGACGACGAGACCCGCCAGUACGUUCGGGUCACGCUCCGCAUCGUCCUCGACGACGACUACCCCGCCGCGGCUCCGUCGCUGUCCCUGACGGACGCGAAAGGCCUGGACGACGCGAGGAUCGCGACGGUGAUGGGCCGCCUCCGCGACGCCGCGGACGAGCACGCCGCGCCCGGCGAUCCAGUCCUCGCGCUGCUGUGCGAGACGGCGUUCGAGACCCUGACCGAGCUGAACCAUCCGGACGGCGACUGCGCCUUCUGCCUCGAGCCGAUGUGGCGCGCGGACCAUCCAUCAUCACGCGACCACUCGGCUGAGGCGUUCACGAAGCUCGCGAAGUGCUACCACUGCUUCCACGCGUCGUGCUUCGCGCGGUGGUACCGGUGG